AAAAUUAAUCCAAGAUAACAUUAAAGUUCAUUUUACAUAUAGCUACCGUGAUGAUGAAGUUGUUUGUCGCAGGGAUUGUAAUUGUGUUACUGAUAUGUACUGGAACUGCAUAUGGCGCGUGCUGUGACGAGAUCAAGGAUAUGGUUCAGAAAAAGAAAAAUGCCUUUGCAGUCAUUUGUGCUCCUGGAAACAAUCUCCCUAAAGGCUGCUGUGGCGAUAUCGAAAAAGAUGUGAAGACAUUUGAGACUGCUUACAAUGAAUUGUGCAGCAACAAAUCUGUAGUGAUCAAUUCACGAUAUGAGUGCCAUAAUUACAAGUGGUUGAAUGAGAGUGACAGAAAUUCUAAAAAUCCGAGGGGUAAUACGCUAAAAUGUGACAACAGUCUCACAAAAGGAUGGUACAGAUUUGGUGGUGGAGCUGGAACCAAAAUGCCCAAAUCCUGCGUUCCAAAGAAUCGCUGUGGUACGGAUGCCUCUGGUUGGUUAAAUGGAACCCAUCCCACGUUGGCAGAAGAAAAAGUCACAAGAAAAGUAUGCUAUCAUUGGGGCAGUAAAUGCUGCAAUUGGUCAAAUCAUAUUGAUGUGAUCAACUGUGGCCCGUAUUUAGUUUACAAACUAAGCCGCCCUCCAAAUUGCCACCUGCGUUACUGUGGUAAAGAUUAAGACUCGGAAAUUUUG